GGACAGCGCGGCGGGGGCUGGCGCGGGGGGUUGCGGUCAAGCCCUCCACGCCGCGAGGCCCCUAAAUAAACGCAGAUGCCCGACUCCGAGCCGAAGAAGUACCGACUCCGCGUGGACGUGGCCAAGCCGACCGAGCUCUACAAGCCCUCCUUUGGCCCGUCCCGCAUCUCGCCCGGGCCGUCGUCGGGAAAGGGGCCUCCGAUGGGCGGCGCGGCGUCGUUCGAGGAGGGGCGGGCGGCGGAGCCGGCGAUGAUCCGCGCGCUCGACGGCAAGCGCAGCCGCAAGCCCGUCGACCGGAUGCCCGCCGGCGGCGAUGUGCGCGUCGACCUCUACGAGGCAAACGGCAGCCGCGUCGUGACGCGCGUGCUGUCGCGGCGCGUGCACGAGGGGGGCGCGACGUCGUACCUGGUGGUGUGGGGCGCGGCGCACGUGACCACCGCCUCGUGGCACCCGAAGGCCUCCCUCAUCGCCCACGCCGCCGCCAACGCGCCGCUGCUCUCGCAGUUUGAUGCCGCCGUGCGGCGGGUGCGAGGGAUGAGCAUGAGAGAGCUGGAGGUGGCGGCGAGCUCGCUCAGCACGCUCGGCCUCCCGAACGCAACCUACUUCCAGGGCAUCUCCUCCCGCGGCGCCGACGGCUCGGUGCGGAGGCCGGCGUGCGGCCCUCCCCCGCCAAAGGGACGCGCGCCCGCGCCAAAGGGCGGCGGGCCCGCCGCGAAGAAGCAAAAGGACAGGCCGCCGCCCGCAGAGAGGGGGCCGUCUGGAGCGAGCGCAGAGUCGCCGCCGACGAGCGCGCACGACGAGCCGUCGAGACCUCGAGAGCCGGCGCGGCCGGCGCCGCCGACGCCGUCGCUCUCGCGCCACGGCCUCUCGAAGGGCCUCCGCUCCUUUCUGCGCGCGCGGCUCCCUAACCCAGAAGCGGAAGACGUGUACUCAUGUCUCCCAACCAGCGCCCGAGAGGACACGCACUCCGCCGUCUUCCCCCGCAUUCCACGGCUCGCGAGCCGAGGCGCCGACGCCUACGCCGCCGGGCAGCAUGGCUCGGGGCCUCACCUGGCGGCAGGCCAACACCAGCUCGGCAGCGCUGGCGCAGAGGCGGUUGGCCACGUGGCGGCUGGUCCCGCGCCCUCUGGCGGCGCUGCGGCGCCUCCCAGCUCCGCGCGCGCCCUUGCGACAGAGGGCGGCGACGGCCAGCAGCCAAGCAGCGCCGCGCCGCCGCCUCCGCUGCUCUUCUCUGCCGUGUCGCUCUCUCUGCGCAGCUUGCCCCGCGUCGAGCUUCGGCCGCCGCCGCCGCCGCCGCCGCCGCGGCCGCCGCCGCCGCCCGCCGCGCCCGCCGCGCCCAUGCCCGCGCCCAUGCCCGCGCCGGGGCCCGCGCCGGGCAUGGCUGGUGGGAUGCCGGUUGGGGCGGGGUGGGGGGCGAUGGGGCCGCCGCAGCAGCAGCAAGCGCAUCAGACGAUGAUGCUGAUGCAGCUGCAGGGGCAGUCGGGCCAGCCGCCGGCGGGCCCGGCGGGGUCGCAGCAGCGGGCGCUGCAGCUGCAGGCGCUGCAGCAGCAGCAGCAGCAGAUGCUGCAGCACUGGAGCCAGGCCGGGCAGAUCCACUGGUUGGGCCCGUUCAUCGGCGGGCAGCCGCCAAUGCCGCACCUGGCGCGCUCGGCGCCGAAGCUGCCGCAGCUGCGUCUGCCGCCCGUGGCGUCGGCGACGCCGGUUCAGCUCGGUCCGGCGGCGUUCACGUCGCAGCGCCAGUCGGCCCUCACGCUGGAGGGUCUGACAAAGUCUCGGCCCGCGUGCGGCCUGGCCCUCAAGCCCAAGGGCGUCCUCCUCCCCACCGCCCCGCCCGGCCACUCCUACGCCGUCGGCCCGCGCAGAGGCGCCUACCUCGUGCUUCAGCCCGUGCUCGACCCGGACGGGACCGCCGUCUUUCCACCCGCGGGCGCGCGCCGCGAGGGGAAGCGGUCGACGUCGCCGCCCACCAAGCUGCUGCGCCCCAUCGCGCCCCCGCCCGCGCAGCAGCAGUCCGGCACGCCUCCGCCCUCCUCGGCUGCUCCCGCUGCGGCCGCCGCCGCCGCCGCCGCCGCAGUCUCGGCGGCGGACGCGUCGAUGCUGGCGGCGGCCGCCGCCGCCGCCGAUGCCGCCGCCGCGGCAGGCGGCGCGUUCCCCUAG